UGUCCAUAUAUCUGGUCAAUUUUCGUACUCCAAAAGCGCAUCUUCUUGGCUAGUUAUAGCUCAAGGGCCGCGCUGCUCAUUCGUGAGCUUUUCUUAGAUUCUCAUCGUCUUCCUUGGAGCUUUCCCCGACAAUUACUCUGACAAAAUGGCCGCAGGACCCGCAACGCUAGGUCACCCGUCACUCUCUACAGCAUAUCCCCUCUCUUUUACAGUUACCGUCGGGAACCAAAGCAGGCGAGGGCUAUAUUAAUGGCAGUCGAGAAGAAAAGCGAGAACAAGAGGGAAUCCGAGCGCAUAUGGCUACUGCGUUGAUUGGGAAAACGUUGCUCGACUCAUCAUGGCUGGCGGCGAGAUCGACGGAAGUGGAGAUCAACGGCGUCCUUCUGACAACAACCACACCACCUCCCGGUCCUUCUCCUCCAUGGAUGGAGGCCGCCAUCCCCGGAACGGUUUUAGGGACCUUGCUGAAGAACAAAUUGAUUCCAGAUCCUUUUUAUGGGUUAAACAAUGAAUCAAUAGCUGAUAUUGCUGAUUCUGGAAUGGAGUACUAUACAUUUUGGUUUUUUAUAACUUUUGAAUCUAAACUGGCAGAAAAUCAACACGCAGAACUCAAUUUUCGUGCAAUCAAUUACUCAGGGGAGGUUUAUUUGAACGGGCACCAAAUGAUUCUUCCAAAGGGCAUGUUUCGAAGAAAUUCGUUUGAUAUUACUGAUAUCAUCAACCCUAAUGGGAAAAAUUUGCUUGCUGUACUUAUUCAUCCUCCUGAUCAUCCUGGAAAAAUUCCGCCGGAAGGAGGUCAAGGCGGCGAUCAUGAGAUUGGCAAAGAUGUUGCUGCUCAAUAUGUUGAAGGCUGGGACUGGAUGACCCCAAUAAGGGAUAGGAAUACUGGGAUCUGGGAUGAAGUCUCGAUUUCAAUUACUGGGCCCGUCAAGCUAUCUGAUCCACACCUCGUAUCAUCGUUCUUCGACAACUAUGAGAAAUCAUACCUACAGUCUACAGUUGACUUGGAAAAUAAAAGUCAAUGGCUGGCGGAAUGUUCGUUAACCAUCCAAGUGACAGCAGAAUUAGAUGAAGGCAUGCGUCUGCUCGAGCAUCUUCAAACAUACGAGUUUUCGAUCCCUCCCAAAACACUCAUAACAUACACAAUUCUUCCACUCCUCUUUGAGAAGCCAAAUUUGUGGUGGCCCAAUGGCAUGGGUAAGCAGUUCUUAUAUAAUGUCGAACUAACCGUCGAUGUGAAAGGUUUUGGGGAGUCUGAUUCAUGGUCUCAUCCAUUUGGAUUCCGAAAAAUCGAGAGUACAAUCGAUACAACAACUGGUGGACGAUUAUUUAGAGUAAAUGGCCAACAAAUUUUUAUUCGCGGCGGCAAUUGGAUCUUAUCGGACGGGCUGUUGCGGCUGUCGGCCAAACGUUACAUGACAGACAUAAAAUUCCAUGCGGAUAUGAACUUCAACAUGAUCCGUUGUUGGGGAGGUGGAUUAGCUGAGAGAUCAGAAUUCUAUCACUACUGUGAUGUUUAUGGAAUUUUGGUCUGGCAAGAGUUUUGGAUAACAGGUGACUGUGAUGGAAGAGGCAUGCCCAUCUCAAACCCUAACGGACCAUUAGACCAUGACCUUUUCCUCCUCUGCGCGCGAGACACCAUUAAACUUCUUCGAAAUCACGCAAGUCUUGCCCUUUGGGUUGGCGGCAACGAGCAAAUUCCCCCGCAAGACAUCAAUACUUCUCUUAUAAACGACCUCAAACUCCAUCCUCUAUUCGAAUCUAUUGAUGUAACUCACAAUUUAGGAGAAGAUUCGCUCAAACAAUCUGAUGAUCCGAGUCUAUAUCUCGACGGAACUCGAGCUUAUAUUCAAGGAUCUAUGUGGGAUGGAUUCGCGAAUGGUAAAGGCGAUUUUACGGACGGUCCUUACGAGAUUCAAAAUCCAGAAGAUUUCUUCAAGGAUGAGUUCUAUCAAUAUGGCUUCAAUCCGGAGGUUGGCUCGGUGGGGAUGCCGGUCGCCACCACGAUAAGAGCGACGAUGCCGCCGGAAGCAUGGCAGAUCCCUACUUUUCAAAAACUUCCGACGGGGUAUGUGGAAGAAAUCCCAAAUCCAACAUGGGAAUACCACAAAUACAUUCCGUAUUCGAAGCCGGAGAAGGUCCAUGACCAAAUCGGAUUGUAUGGAUUCCCUAAGGACCUCGAUGAUUUCUGCGAAAAGGCACAACUUGUUAAUUAUGUUCAAUAUAAAGCCCUCUUAGAGGGUUGGACUUCGAGAAUGUGGACGAAGUACACCGGCGUUCUUAUUUGGAAGACGCAGAAUCCAUGGACGGGUCUGAGAGGUCAGUUUUAUGAUCAUCUUCAUGAUCAAACAGCAGGUUUCUACGGUUGCCGCAGUGCCGCUGAGCCGAUUCAUGUCCAACUCAAUCUUUCUACUUUCUAUAUUGAGGUAGUGAACACUACAUCAGAUGAACUCUCAGACAUAGCCAUAGAAGUUUCAGUGUGGGAUCUUGAUGGCAAAUGCCCAUAUUACAACAUUACCGAUAAAUUUUCAGCACCAGCCAAAAAGGUUUCACCAAUCAUCGAGCUGAAUUAUCCCAAAUCAGAGAAUGCAAAACCAGUCUAUUUCCUUCUCCUCAAACUCUUCAGAAUCUCUGAUACAAACAUGAUUAUAUCCCGAAAUUUCUACUGGUUACAUCUGCCAAAUUCAGAUUACAACUCCUUGGAACUUCAUCGAGGAAAUCGAACACCUCUUAAGAUUACUUCGCAAGCUUCGUUCGCCGAAUCGAUCUGCAACAUCCAGAUCCAUGUUCUUAACCUGUCGAAGAGCUCGAACUCGAACUCUAGCUUUUCAAAAAUAUUGCUCGAAAAUGGCAAGAAGGAAGCUUCAAAUUCGAUGGGUAACGAAGGCGGUGUCCGAAUCGUCGAAGUUGAUGGAAUGGAUUAUGGAGUGGCUUUCUUCCUCCAUUUCUCUGUUGUUGCUGGAGAGGUGGAGGAUGGGGUGGUAGAUAAUCGCGUUCUUCCUGUUCAUUACUCUGAUAAUUAUUUCUCGCUUGUUCCAGGUGAGGAGAUGAGUAUUAGUAUUUGGUUUGAGGUUUCUGAAGGACUCACACCGCAGGUUUUGCUUCAGGGUUGGAACUAUGCUGGGGGAAUACAGGUUUAUUAAUGUAUGAGCGAUUUUUUUUUUAAAGUUAUUAUUAUGCGAAAUAAUGUGGAUAAUUUGUUUGGGGUUAAGUGUGGGUGCACAGACUGUAUGAUUUUAA